GCAGUGACUAAAAUCGAACGCACUCAGAUCCGGCCUUAAAAAAUGCCAGUAAUUCCAUUGGCUGCGAGCUGAGCAGAGGAGAGGACAAAAAGUUAGCUGUCAUUCCGACCAGCUGUGUGUGAGGGAGACCCGCAGUGUCCAGGAGCAGCAAAACUAAACUACAGACAUGUGUCUCCUGAUCCACCGCCUGCACCUCCUGCUGAUGAUCAGCUCGCUGGCCUGUCACUGUCCUGCAGUCAGUGGACUGUUUGAGUGGCUGAGGCAGACAGAGGCUCCUCCUGCAUCACCUCCUCCUUCACCAGCACCAGUGGUUCCAGCACUUCUUGCAAAGGAUGCUCAGUUUGAGAUGGAAACGGCAGAUGAGAAGUUUCUGGCUGAGGCAAAGCAGCUGAGUCCUUUAGACAGCUGUCACUGCAGGGUGGUCGCCCAGCUGAAAUCAAGCUGUGAAGGCCUCUCAGAGGAAAAGCUUGCGAAGCUUGGAGUGGUUUUGUUUAACUGCCAGGCUGAGAUUGAGGGGCGGCGGACCUACCCAUGUACAGAGGACAUGACAAUAAAAGAGUGCACAGCAGACAUGGAUGCAGACACAUGGAAUGCUUACCACAUAGUAAGCAACAGAGCACGCUCUGUUUGCUACGCAACUCGCCAGCAGCUUUUUCGGCGCAGAGCGGAGCACACAGUCAACACUCUCAUCUCCACAGCCACCAGCCAGCUCGAUGCAAUGAAAGACCUGAAGGCGGGCCAGUUGGAGUUGAAGGAACUGACUGCAGCUUCACUUGACAAGCUGCUAGAGGGCCACAGUGCCCUGCAGGCCCAGCAGGGGAAACUGCAUGAGGGCCAGGAGCAGAUGGAGAGCUCACUGAAGGACAACCUGGACCGCCUGGGUCAGGAGAAGGCCCUCAUCGCAUCUGGACAGGAACUGGUAGCCCAGCUAAUUCAGGGCAUCACUCAGAGGAUGGAGAAUGUUAGUGAGCAUCUUCAGAUCCAAGGCUCAGAGGUACAGGACAGUCACAAGGCCAUUGUUCAGGACCUCGCAGAUGUCAGACACCAAGCUCAGGACAUCUACCAAAAAAUUGACCACAGUAUGUCAGAGUUCCUACAGUACCAGGACCAGACGUCCCAGUACUACAGUGAUCUGAUGAACAAACUGGAGCGCAUGAACAGCACCCUGGGAGGCAUGUUGCACUACCUCGAUAACAUGCAGAGCCGGAUAGAGGACAGGCUUCACAUGAUCCAGGGCUACCUCGGCUGGGCAGGUCUGAGUCUAACAGCCAUGUGGACAUGUGUCGCGCACACAGGCUACUUUGUGCUGUGUGCAGUCCUACUGACAUUCCUACACUGUCCGAGUUUUUCUCGAGCCAUGCUGCUGCUCACUGUGCCUCUGAACGCAGUGGCUGAGAUCAACCAGCAGCCAGCGCUGGAUCUCACCAGCCUCAGCCUUCUGCUGCUCGCUCUGUCUCUGGGUCACUGGUUUGUGAGUCAGUUGUGGGCGUGCUUCCACGUCGGAGGAAAACUAGCUGCCCCACUGAAACUGGGUCCGUGCAACAUUGUGGAGCCUCAGAAGCAGACGAAGUCGUCAAACCACCUGUAUCCACCGUCCUCUACGCCACAGAAAGAUGAGAAGGACGGCAUCAUGGAGCCAGGUGACCUGUUGAACCAGGACAGCAUUUUAUCAGCUGAUCUUGGCAUAUCAGCAGUGUCUCCCCCUCCCAGGAAGAUGAUGCCAGAGUCCAGGUUUAUCCCAGUAACUGGUACACCGAGUCACUCCACUCCCAGGCUUCCACUGCACUCGCUUCUCUCAGCAGCUGGGAUUGAUGAUAUCCCCCCAAGGAACCUGGGAGGUGUUUUUGAUGCAGUCAACGACUCUUGUGAUUUAUUGAGCGACUCACGAAGUGCGAGUCCCACUCCGUCACUAGUCAGCAACAGCUCUGUGUCCGGCCGUCAGCUGUGCAGUGGCAUCACAAAAGCUGGGAAAGCUUGCAAGAAGAGAGCAGUGCCAGGACAGGAGUACUGCCGAGUCCACGAAGGAGGGCACACCUCCCACAUUCAACCCUGAAUGAUCAACGUCAUCCUCUUGGGUUGGGUUGUCGUGGUGGAGCUGCUUCUCUGUACUGUUGUCUUUUGUCUUUUAUUAUGUUCUGCCUGCUGUACUCAAACACAAUAGUUGCUAAAUGACUGCUGCAUUUGUAGAUUUUUUUAGUGUAUUUAUACUUUUAUUUCCACGUUUUAACUACUCAUUUUUAAAUAAAUAUUUUUUGUCUAAUACGCAUUGUUACAGCUCUAUAAAUUAAACAGAGGAGGACUUGUAGUCCCAAAUGCUGA